UGUGAGAGAGGGAGGAGAGGAGAUCAUCAUAAAAUAAACCAGGAGCGAUUCUGGCAGCGGUAGUGGCGCUCUCUCUCUUCUUCCCACAUACCGUUUUAGCCGACCACCACAAAUCCACACAGUGACAAUAAUUAAUCUCUGCUUGCAACCACAACACCACACCACACUGUCUACCGGACGCUCGCGUCAGUGCUGCUACUUUUCGUUUGAAAUACGCUCUGGAUUAGCGAGGGACAGCACAAUAUCCGGGGGCUACUACGACUCGUUCUUCUCCCCUCAUAAUCUGAAUGACGGGCGGACGGUUCGAUUUUGACGAUGGUGGCACAUAUUGCGGUGGCUGGGAGGAUGGAAAAGCCCAUGGGCAUGGCGUCUGUACCGGGCCCAAGGGCCAAGGCGAAUACUCCGGGUCCUGGAACAAUGGUUUUGAGGUAGUGGGGGUGUACACCUGGCCCAGUGGAAACGUGUAUCAGGGUUACUGGGCACAGGGGAAACGACACGGAUUCGGUGUGGAAUCGAAGGGAAGGUGGAUUUAUCGUGGUGAAUGGACUCAUGGAUUUAAAGGUCGAUAUGGGGUCCGGCAAAGUCUCCACACGCCUGCCAGAUACGAUGGGACAUGGAGUAACGGUCUGCAAGAUGGAUAUGGAGUUGAAACGUAUGGUGAUGGAGGUACGUACCAGGGGCAGUGGACAGGAGGAAUGCGACACGGAUACGGUGUGAGACAAAGUGUGCCUUACGGGAUGGCUACGGUUAUUCGCUCGCCUCUCCGAACCUCUCUGGCCUCGCUCCGCAGCGAACAGAGCAACGGCACCGUCCUCCAUGCCAACCUUGACCUGUCAGACAGCCUUGCCGGCACCAGAGGAGGCUUUGUUCUCAACUUCCACAGCGAAGGCGAAGGUGAGAAGAAAAAGGGCCUGUUCAGAAGAGGGUCCCUGUUCGGCAGCCUCAGAAACCUCAGAAAGUCUGACUCCAGGUCAUCCAUAUCAAGCAAACGCAGCUCUGCCCGCAGCGAUGCCGCCAGCUCCAUCAGCCGAAUCAGCUCCAGCGAUGCCAAUUCCACCAUCAGCUUUGGAGAUGGAGUUGAUGAGUACAUGACCUUGGAGGACAAUGUAGACGCCACCACCACUGAGUCCUACAUGGGGGAGUGGAAAAACGACAAGCGGAAUGGCUUUGGUGUCAGCGAGCGCACCAACGGGAUGAAGUAUGAGGGAGAGUGGAUAAACAACAAACGCCACGGCUACGGAUGCACAAUGUUCCCAGACGGCACCAAAGAAGAGGGGAAAUAUAAAAACAAUGUGUUGGCGCGAGGCAUCAAGAAACAGCUCAUUCCUCUCAAAAACACCAAAACUAAACAGAAAGUGGAUCGGGCUGUGGAAGGAUCCAUACGGGCAGCAGCUAUUGCCAAAACAAAAGUAGAAAUAGCCACUUCAAGAACGGCUCACGCCAGGACUAAAGGUGAUGCUGCUGACCAGGCCGGUCAGUCAGCCAGUCAGGACUCAGACAUCGCCAGGGCAGUGGCCAGGGAACUGUCUCCCAACUUCCAUCAGCCAGGCCCUGAUUAUAUAAAGCAGAGGUUCAAUGAGCCUAUUGAACCUAUUGUCCAAGAGGAGAAGAAAGAGAAGUCCCCCUCAAGUAGCCCUCAUUUCUACCGUAAAGGCACAACCCCAGACCACUCUCCCACUGCGACUCCCCAGCCCUCUCCCCCACCAACACCCCCACCAGCGCCAGCCCCAGAGCCCAAGAAGAGCUUAUUCAGCAAGUUCACCCCCAAGCCAGGGAAAGAGAACAAAACCCCUUCAGCAGAGAGCCAGGCCCCGGUAAUCACAAAGGCAGUGUCUAAGACAUCAUUGAAACAGGAAGUAAGACAAGAAGUGCCUCCUCAACCGAAAACGUUCAAGAUGGCGGAGUCGGUCCCCGUCAGCCCUGGCAAUGGACAGCUGCACACUGACACUGAGUACCACGGCUACUACAUGAAGGCAGACGUGAAGAUCCCCCCAGAUGAACCUGAGGGAGUAGAGGAGGAGCAUGUUACCCUGUCGACCUUCGCCCAGAUGCCACAGCCCGCAAAACCUAUGGCGCAAUACAGGACACCCACCCCAAAACCUGGAGUGCCAAAGUCAGCAGCCAAAGAAAGCAAACCUGAGCUAACACUUAAGAAACAAGAUUCGUAUAAGCCAAAAAGCCUAGCAGAAACUAGGAAACAAGCCAGCUUGGAGAUCACCACGGAUUUCGUAGAGGAAGAGUCAGGUCCUAACUCAAUACUGGUUGCCCUUGUAAUGCUGUUGAAUAUUGGUCUAGCAAUAAUUUUUGUCCAUUUUUUAACCUGACGGAAUCUGAACUGAGUGAACUCAUCAAAACUAGUGGCAUAGGUCCCUAACUCUCUGCAUUUGCGUCAACGGCCUUUAAAAAUGGCGCCGGUCAAGCACAGACACAGGCAAAGGAGGACUGUAAAUAGAGUGAAACAUUGGAGAAAGAUGAGACCAGGACCAUUCGGCCUAGACGCUGCCCAGUUUCGCUGGCGAUGAUUUGUGACUCGCAUUGGUUCUGUGAAAGCUGAAGCAAGCAGUCGUUGGGAAAGCAACAAAAAAACAAUCUGCUGAUCCAAGCUGUUACCAGUCAAGUGCAUUGCCACUUCAUAUGCCCUGACAGGGGGGAUGUG